AGCGGGCGACGGCGCUGUAGCAAUUUCACUGGAUCCAUUCCCGGUGGGAAGUUUGAUGUGAGUUCAGCAAAGAGUUAAUCGAAGAAAAAAAAAAAACCGCGUUGGGAUUUUGGAUUGGAUUCCACACAAGCCAGGACCAUCGCAGGAUUUACUGAACGAGCGAGCGAGCGAGGAAUGGCGUGUUGUCCCUGCCUGCCUCUGUGACGGGGUUCACCCCAGCCUCGGGGUUCCGCCUUCACCGCCACCCCCUCGUCCCCAGACCCCUUGACAAGGGAGGGGGGCUCCGCUAGCGGGAGGCGAGGCGAGGACCUACCUCUCUCUCGCUCUUUUUCCCCCCUCCGUUUCAGUCGGGCGAGGGGUUGAAUCUUGGGGGGGGGGCAGUUUCGGCUACUUGGAGGUGGAUUUAAGACGAGAAGUUAUCACCAGCAAGGUGCUUGUACGUACACACCUGGCGAAGAGUGGUGUUUGCACGGACGAUGUUCCCUGGACAUCUCCUCGCCGGGCAUCUCACCUACUGAGUGAGCAACUGUGAAAGUAAUCUGAAGUUGACACAACAGUCAAUGGAAAAGAAGGCCCUCGUUUCUCGAGCAGCUUAAUUGCGCUCCGAAGAAGAAACAAUCUAUGACACCAUCAGGGCCACAGCAGCGCAGGCCGACGCCAGGAUGGAAGACUCGCAGAGCAACAGCCUGGUCAUCAGAGUCCUCAUCCCCGACUUGCAGCAAACGAAGUGUAUGCGGUUUGACCCGGAUGCCACGGUCUGGGUGGCCAAGCAACGCAUCCUCUGCACCCUCAACCACAGCCUGAAGGACGUGCUGAAUUACGGCCUCUUCCAACCAGCCAGCGAUGGACGGGACGGCAAGUUUUUGGACGAGGAGCGACUGCUCAAAGAAUACCCCCAGCCCGUCAACAAAGGGGUUCCCUCUCUGGAGUUUUGCUACAAAAAAAGGGUGUACAAGCAAGCCCACGUUGAUGAGAAACAGAUUUCAAAGCUUCAUACCAAGGCCAACCUUAGAAAAUUAAUGGAUCACGUUCAGCAUCACGUCAUCGAGAAAAUCACAAAGAUGCUGGAUCGUGGGUUGGAUCCCAACUACUACGACUCCGAGACUGGAGAAACUCCGCUGACUUUGGCCGCCCAACUCGAGGCUCCUGUGGAUGUCAUCAAGGCCUUGCGUAACGGAGGUGCCCACUUGGACUUCAGAGGCAAGGAUGGGGUGACAGCUUUACACAAGGCUGCCCGGGCCAAGAACCACACGGCACUCAUGACACUGCUGGAGCUGGGAGCAUCGACCGACUACAAGGACAGCCGUGGUCUGACUCCCCUCUACCACACGGUGAUGGUGGGAGGCGAUCCUUACUGCUGCGAGCUGCUGCUUUACGAACAUGCCUUCAUCAGCUGUAAAGAUGAAAAUGGAUGGCAGGAAAUCCACCAGGCAUGUCGUUACGGUCAUGUUCAGCACGUGGAACAUCUUCUCUUCUACGGGGCUGAUAUGGAGGCACAGAACGCCUCGGGCAACACCGCACUCCACGUCUGCGCUCUUUACAACCAGGAGAGCUGUGCACGGGUUCUGUUGUUUCGUGGAACCAACAAAGAAGUGAAGAAUUACAACAGUCAGACUCCAUUUCAAGUGGCCAUAAUAGCAGGGAACUUUGAACUGGCUGAAUUUAUCAAGAACCACAAACAGACAGAUAUCGUGCCGUUCCGGGAGGCACCGACGUACUCCAGCCGGCGGCGGGGGCCUCCGAGCACGCUGUCGGCACCGCGGGUCCUCCUGCGCUCCAACAGCGACAACAACCUGAACGUGAAUGACAUCCCCGAGUGGAGCGGCAACCCGCCCGCCACGCCGCACCGCAGCCUCUCCCCGCAGUUACUGCAGCAGGUGCAGAGCAACCCCAACGGCACGUUGAAGAGCGGCACUGGCACCCACGGCUCGCGCAGUCGAUCGCCCUCCCUCAACCGCAUCGGCGAGGAGAUCCAGAGGCCACAGCACCGGCAGAUCAGUCCGGCUGUAAUUAAAGAAGUUCCUCCGGGAUUGGAAGGCCAAGGAUCUAAACGCAAGCUCUACAGCGCCGUCCCUGGCCGCCAGUUUAUCGUGUUGAGGUCCUACCAGCCUCAAGGCGAAGGGGAGAUUCCUCUCAACAAAGGAGAUAGGGUGAAAGUUCUGAGCAUUGGGGAAGGCGGAUUCUGGGAAGGCAGUGCUCGAGGAAGGAUCGGAUGGUUUCCCGCGGAAUGUGUGGAGGAAAUCCCGGCCAACGAAGCCAAACCAGAAACACGCCCAGACAGAGCGAAAAAGUUAUUCAGACAUUACACGGUUGGAUCAUACGACAGUUUUGACGCUAUCAGCGACUGCAUAAUCGAGGAGAAGACAGUGGUCCUGCAGAAGAAAGACAAUGAAGGUUUUGGAUUCGUCCUCCGCGGGGCGAAAGCUGACACUCCAAUUGAGGAAUUCACUCCAACACCGGCCUUUCCUGCUCUGCAGUACUUGGAGUCGGUGGAUGAAGGCGGAGUGGCCUGGCAGGCAGGACUGAGAACGGGAGACUUCCUCAUUGAGGUGAACAAUGAGAAUGUGGUGAAGGUUGGCCACAGACAAGUCGUGAACAUGAUUCGUCAGGGAGGGAAUCACUUGGUGUUAAAAGUCGUCACCGUUAGCCGAAAUCUCGACCCAGAAGAUACUGCUCGAAAGAAAGCUCCUCCACCUCCAAAGCGGGCCCCAACCACGGCUCUGUCACUGCGCUCCAAGUCCAUGACGUCAGAACUCGAAGACCUAGUGGACAGAGCAACGUUACGGAAGAAGAGGACCGAUCUUGAUCCAUCUCAUUUAGAGGGUUUGAAGAGAAGGACUGCGUUUCAAACAACACUAAACAAGCUGGAUGAAAUCGUGUCGAAUCCCAAACAGUCACGGGCUGCGGAGAAUGCAACGGUCGACUCGCGCGUCGCAACGAUCAAACAGCGGCCUUCCAGUAGGUGCUUUCCUACCACAGCAGAUGCAAACUCAAUCUACGACCGGCAAGGUAUCGCUGUCAUGCCCCCUACAGUCCCGGGGAGCCAUAACAGCUCCUACCUAGAGAUCCCACGUGGAACGAUGCGGAGACAGAAAUCCAUAGGUAUGUUAGAAGAAGAGAAACAAUUUUUAGCUCCUCCGUUACUGAAAUUUACCAGGAGUUUGUCCAUGCCCGACACUGCUGAAGAUAUCCCACCUCCGCCAUCAGUCUCCCCUCCUUCGCCACCUUAUAACACGCCCAAGCCAACCGCGCCAAGGAGUUAUGGAACAAUAAAAGCUGGCUUCAAUCAUAACUCUGGGUUGAGAAGCCACAACUCGAACAGACCGGAGAGCACGGGGGGGAUUAUUUCGGAGCGGCAGAAGAAGGCAAUGUAUUUCCGACAAGAUUCCCUACAGUAUUCCGUGGACUCGGAAGACCAGUACAAGCCAAACACCUCGCACCAGACUAUGAGGAGCAGGAGGGGAAACAUGCCCGAGAAUCCUUACUCGGACGUCGGCAACGCCGGCAACAAGGCGGUGUAUGUCCCCGCCAAGCCGGCCCGACGGAAAGGCCAGCUGGUGAAGCAGUCCAAAGUGGAGGACAGCCCGGAGAAGACGUGCUCCAUCCCCAUCCCCACCAUCAUCGUCAAGGAGCCGUCGACCAGCAGCAGCGGCAAGAGCAGCCAGGGGAGCAGCAUGGAGAUCGAGACCCAGGGUACCGACCGCCUCCGGCCCGACGACGGCUUCGGCAACCCGUUCGCGGCGGCCAUCGCCGGGGCGGUGAGGGACCGGGAGAAGAGGAUCGAGGCCAAGCGCCACUCGCCCGCCUUCCUCUCCACCGACCUGGGCGACGAGGACGUGGUCCUGGUGCCCAGCGCCCGCCUCAGGCACUCCAAGUCCAUCGACGAGGGUGUCAUGUUCGGCAGCGAGGAGCGCUACAGUCACCUCAUGGUCCCCUUGUCCAAAGCCAGCGGAGUUGCCAGCGGGACCCUGCGAAGCCACGGCUUCAGCGCCAGGAUCUUGAACGUCGCCUCCAAAAAGGAGGACAUCGAGUGCAAUGGCAGGUCGGCCACCACCACCACCGCCAUCGCCAAAGCUCACGGCGCGCCCAACAUCUCCAACAACAGUAGCGGUGGGAGUUACGUCCAUCCAGUGACGGGCAAGCUGUUGGACUGUAAUGCCCCGCUGGCCAUAGCGCUGGCGGCCAGGGGCAGGGCGGCCAAAGACCAACCCACCACCCAGAACUCUGGCAAAGCCGAGCAGGGCAGGAGCGAGAUGGCCAAACCCUUGUACAUCGACACCAAGACCAGGGCCAACGCGGCGGAGACAUGCCUGGCCGCGGUCAAAGCCAACCCACCGCCACCAGCACCUCCUCCCUCCUCCCCUUCUGCUUCUUCAUCAUCAUCAUCAUUGUCCGCCCUGGCCGGGCCGGGGAAGGAGAACCAUCGCAAGGCGGAGGCAGAAGCCCAAGGUGGAGGCAAGGUGGAAGAGGACGAGAAGAUGAAGAUGAUGACGAUGAUGAAGAAGAAGAAGAAGAAGGAGGAGGAGGAGGAUGAGGAGGCGGCGGGGCUGCUGAUGGUUCACCCAGAGCCGGGCUCGGAGGCGGACGGCGGCCGGAGCGUGGGAGAACCGGCGGGCAACCAGGCCUCGCCCAACACGGUCGACUCGGGUCAACAGAGAGCCUCGGAGAUCCCCGCUGACGGCAGGAAGCCCCCCGCCAUCGCCAAGACCAUCAUCACCGUCAGCUCGGUGGAAGACGCCGGAGUCUUGCCCUUCCGCAUCCCUCCGCCGCUGCUGGCUUCCAUAGACGUGGAGGAAGACAUCUUCCUCUUCACCGAGCCCCUGCCCCCGCCCUUGGAGUUCGCCAACAGCUUCGAGAGCACCGAGGACCCUCCGGCCGCCCCCUCCCUGUCCGACCUGCUGAGGCAGAACAAGGCUGCGGCCCCCCUGCAGGUCAGGAAGGAAGGUGGUGUUAGUGGCAUUGUUGGCGUGGGUGGUGGGACCACCUCCUCUCCAGCUCCCCUGAAGACCCCUGGGCCUCCCGACCCUCCUCUUCCCGCCGGCUGUCCACCCGGCCGGCGAGAGGCCGCCGACAGCGUGGUCGAUUCGGGCAUCGAGGUGGACAGCCGCAGCAACAGCGACCACCACCUGGAGACCACCAGCACCAUCUCCACCGUCUCCAGCAUCUCCACCCUCUCCUCGGAGGCUGGGGACAACCUCGACACCUGCACGGUCUACGCGGAUGGCCAGACGUUCCUGAUUGACAAGCCCCCUGUACCCCCCAAGCCCAAAGUCAAGCCCAUUAUCAACAAAAACAACGCCAUCUACAAGGAUGCUUUGAUAGAGGAGAACUUCGACGGCCUGUUCAUGCCACCUCCUGCACCACCACCUCCUCCUGGGGUUGUCCCAUCUGAAGCACUUAAAUCCCCACAGCAGAGGACCUCCAAGCUCUGGGGAGAUGGGCCCGAUGUGAAAGUCCCUGCGGUGACUGAUGCAAAGGCAAAUGUCAUUAGUGAAUUGAACUCGAUACUGCAGCAAAUGAACAAGGAAAAGAUGCCCAAACCAACAGAGGCCUUGGAUUCUCCUUCUGCUGCCAGAGGAGUGCUUUAUGGAACAAGGGCAGCCGACGGAGCAGUGAGCACCGGCCCGGGCUUGCAGCGCAACGCCACCGUCACCUUCACCAUCCGCCCGGGCAGCAGCCAACCCAUCACCGUGCAGAACCGGACGUCGGACUUUGACAGCAUGACCAUUUUGAAACGGGCCCCGAGUCCUGUGGGCUCUCCCACGGACGCUGGCCAAGCUGCCCGGCCGAGCUCCUCCCUGCCCGCCUCCGCCCUGUCGCCCACGCUCACCGACGGCUUCGGCUUCCAGAGCCCACCCAUCCCGGGUGAAGGACACUUCGGCGGGCAGCCGGUUCGCAGUCGGUCGCCUUCCCCGGCCACGCUACAGCAGCCGGCCUCCAACAAGCCCUUCGCAUCCAAGGGCGUCCCACUUUGGACUAAGCACGACGUGGCGGACUGGCUGGACACGUUGAACCUCGGCGAACACAAGGACGCUUUUUUAGACAAUGAAAUAGACGGGACUCACUUACCCUCGCUUCAGAAGGAGGACUUAAUCGACCUAGGCGUGACGAGAGUUGGACAUCGAAUGAAUAUAGAACGGGCUUUAAAACAGCUCCUGUCGGACAGAUAGACAGAUGCUUUACAAAGUUACUCAAAUAUCUCUCAUUAUUUUUGACAGCAGCCGACACUCGCCGUAAAUGGCUGGAAUAUAAUGUGCCAUUGGACUAUUUUUUGAACAGAGAAAAAAAAAAAAGCUCAGCAUGGACAUAUUUUCCGACGAAAGCCGCUGGUACCUUUAUAAGCACAACAGGCUGUCAGUAUCAGUGGGCCGUCACUGUUUCUCUGCCACUGGCGUGCUGGGAUGAGUGCAACACGAGCGAAGACCCCCUUUUCGCGAUGUAAAUACAUUACAGCAUAAUAAUCUAUAUUUUGAACAAUGA